GGUGAGCCGCGCUUUAGCCUCUGGAGGGAGUCGGAGGUUCGCCGCUGGAGAGGCCCGGGCGCGCGCACCCCGCACGAGGUCGAAAGCCCUUGUAGGUGCGGCGGGAGGUGCUGAGGCACCAGGGCUGCUACAGGAGCCGCGGCCCGUCCUCGCUGCCGCUCCCCCUGCCAGCAGCGGCCCUCGCGCCCCCAGGUUGCCCUACGCACCGAGGGAGUCCCACACCCCUCGCCUGCUCCAGCGGUGCGCGCGAUGGCUCCGCGCAAGAAUGCCAAGGGCGGCGGCGGCAACAGUAGCAGCAGCACUAGUGGCUCCAGCAGCAGCGGCGGCGGCGGCAGCAGCAGCAGCCCAGGGGCCCGGAGAGACACAAAGCACGGAGGACACAAGAAUGGAAGGAAAGGAGUGCUUUCCGGAAGUUCAUUCUUCACUUGGUUUAUGGUCAUUGCACUGCUGGGGGUCUGGACAUCCGUUGCUGUCAUCUGGUUUGAACUUGUUGAUUAUGAGGAAGUUUUAGCCAAAGCAAAGGACUUCCGUUAUAACUUAUCAGAGGUGCUUCAAGGAAAACUAGGAGUCUAUGAUGCUGAUGGUGAUGGAGAUUUUGAUGUGGAAGAUGCCAAAGUUUUAUUAGGCCUGACCAAUGAUGGCAGUAAUGAAAAUAUUGAUUCUCUUGAGGAAGUCGUUAAUAUUUUAGCAGAGGAAAGUUCAGAUUGGUUUUGUAGUUUCCUCUCAUUUCUCUAUGAUAUAAUGACUCCUUUUGAAAUGCUAGAAGAAGCACAAGACGAAGAAGGAGAAGGAGAAGAGGAAGAAGGAGAAGAAGAAGAAAGUGAAACCACAAAAGGUGUUGAUGGCCUUAAAGAAAGAUCUGCCUUCAAGCCUACAGUGCCACCAGAAGAGGCUGAGACUCACGCUCGGCCGGAGGAGCAGGGGCCCGGGCGGACAGGACCUCAAACUAUUGAAGAUGAAGUACAAGAAGAAAUCCAUUCCUCUCUCCAUCAAACAGUUUAUACAGAACAUGGAGAAGACCUACACCCGGAGGAGGAUGGACCAGCAAGAGAACAGCAACCAGAAGAUGACGAUUUUCUUGUAGUGAGAGAGACAGAUGACAGAUUUGAGUCGCUGGAAACUGGAACAUUUCAGGAAGAAACUGAAGAUAGUUACCAUGUAGAAGAGACAGCUUCACAGACCUCUAACCAGGACGUGGAAGAGAUGACGUAUGAACAGGAAACCCCAGAUUCCACUGAACCAGCAACAGAUGACUAUGAAAAAAUGUACCAUGAUGCAGAUGAAGUAACGUACCAAGACUCUGACCAAACAGUAUAUGAACCAUCGGAAAGUGAAGGGGGGAUGGAAAGCUCAGAUAAUACUGUAGAAGAGUCAAACAUAAUCUUAGAAGAAGCACACGUGGCCCCAGCAGAGGAGCAUCAGGAAAUCCCACCAGAAACAAAUAUAAAAACAGAUGAUCCAGCACAAAAAGCAAAAGUUAAGAAAAAGAAGCCUAAACUAUUAAAUAAAUUUGAUAAGACUAUUAAAGCUGAACUUGAUGCUGCAGAAAAACUCCGUAAAAGGGGAAAAAUUGAGGAAGCAGUGACUGCAUUUGAAGAACUAAUUCGUAAAUACCCCCAGAGUCCACGGGCGAGAUAUGGGAAGGCACAGUGUGAAGACGAUUUGGCUGAGAAGAGGAGGAGCAAUGAGGUGCUGCGCAGGGCCAUCGAGACCUACCAAGAGGUGGCCAGCCUGCCCGAGGUCCCCGCGGACCUGGUGAAGCUGAGUUUGAAGCGGCGGUCAGACAGACAACAAUUUCUAGGUCACAUGAGAGGCUCUCUUGCUACACUUCAGAAAUUAGUUCAACUAUUUCCUGAUGACACUUCCUUAAAGAAUGACCUUGGAGUGGGGUACCUGCUGAUAGGAGAUAAUGAGAAUGCCAAGAAGGUUUAUGAAAAGGUUCUGAAAGUGGCGCCAAAUGAUGGCUUCGCUAAAGUACAUUACGGCUUUAUCCUGAAGGCCCAGAACAAGAUUGCAGAAAGCAUUCCCUAUUUGAAGGAAGGAAUAGAAUCUGGGGAUCCUGGCACUGAUGAUGGACGAUUUUAUUUUCACCUGGGGGAUGCCAUGCAGAGGGUUGGAAACAAAGAGGCUUAUAAGUGGUACGAGCUUGGGCACAAGAGGGGCCAUUUUGCAUCUGUUUGGCAGCGCUCGCUCUACAACGUGAAUGGACUGAAAGCCCAGCCUUGGUGGACCCCAAAAGAAACAGGCUACACUGAGCUGGUGAAGUCCUUAGAGAGAAACUGGAAGUUGAUCCGCGACGAAGGCCUCGCAGUGAUGGAUAAAGCCAAAGGCCUCUUCCUGCCUGAGGAUGAAAACCUGAGGGAGAAGGGAGACUGGAGCCAGUUUACGCUGUGGCAGCAAGGACGAAAAAAUGAAAAUGCCUGCAAAGGAGCUCCUAAAACCUGUUCUUUACUAGAUAAAUUCCCUGAGACAACAGGAUGCCGGAGAGGACAGAUCAAAUAUUCCAUCAUGCACCCAGGAACUCACGUGUGGCCGCACACGGGGCCCACGAACUGCAGGCUCCGAAUGCACCUGGGCUUGGUGAUUCCCAAGGAAGGCUGCAAGAUCCGGUGUGCCAACGAGACCAAGACCUGGGAAGAAGGCAAGGUGCUCAUCUUUGACGACUCCUUUGAGCACGAGGUGUGGCAGGACGCCACGUCUUUCCGGCUGAUAUUCAUCGUGGAUGUGUGGCACCCAGAGCUGACACCCCAGCAGAGACGCAGCCUGCCUGCGAUUUAGCGUGUCGUGCGGGUUUGGGACACACCGGAGAGGGGCUGCCUUUCGGGUUCUGUCGGCUCGGGUGUGGGGAGAGAAGUUCGAGCACCAACGCCCUUAAUUUCCUUGAUUUGCCGCCUAAAGAUGUCCAAACCUCCUCCUAGGGUUAGAAGACGUGAAAGGGAAUACUUGCCCCACUGCAAUUCACUUAGAAAAGACCCUGCUGUAUAUCAUUCCAGACAGCGCUGGUCUGAUGCCCGUAUUUCAGGUAAAUACAUGAUAGCUUCUACCUUGCCAGCCAAAGAUAUUUUCUCCGUUUAGAAUAGGCUGAAUCAGUGUGUAGUGAGAAUACAGGUAGAGACUGUGAAUGGAUUGCGUUAGCUUGUAAUGUUCCUAUGCAAUUAUAUUUUUCUAGGGUAGCUAGACGAUUUUUGUCAUCACAUACCACUACUUUUUUGUUGAUUUUAAUGACAAGCUGUGUAAAUGCUUCACUUCUAGCGGUUUCAUGAUAACUUUCCUGGUGAACUCGGACUUCCCCUUUUAAUUAUUUUUCGGCAAAGACACUCAUGAAGGAAGCAAUUUCCUAAUACGAAGGAAAACAAUGUAAUUAUGCCAGCAUAUGUGAGCUGUGCAGCUCCCUGCCCACUGGGUCUGCUUUUUUUUAUUCUUUGAGAGCUGGUGUCUUCAUUUCUCUCUCCUCACCGUGAGAAUGGUGGAGAUACUGUCAAAAUGGCAUUUCUUUCUAAGAGGAAGCUUUUACACCAAAAAGGGACAUGGAAUUAUUUUAUAUGGAGUUAUAAAAAUGCCUCAUGUAAGUUUUUUUAAUGCUUGAAAAAAAAAUAAUGUAAAAAUUGUCCAAGUGAAAAUUCUCUCUUGGGAUCAGGUAGAUAGGUGGCUGCUAGGACCUCUGGCCCCGGGCCUGUUGCUGCCCAUGACAGGGCCGGAAUCCAGAGUGUCUUUGCCUAUUGUAGAUCCAUGCGAGUGACAGAAUCCUUGAGAGGAUUCCCAUCAGUGUUGCAAAACGUGGAAGGCAGGAGUGCCAGGGUCUCGGUCCUGGGUGUAGGAUGUCGAGAUUGCUUUCCUCUUUGAAAGAGUUUGGAAGACUCUUCCAGCUGCCUGGCUUGAGCAACUCCUGCCCUUUAAACAUCAUUUUGAAAUAGCAAUUAUUAUCCAUAGUUUUUUACUAUUGAACACUGCAUAGAAAUAACUAUUGAAAAAUGGCCUACUCAUUCCAAAGAUGACCAUGUCAUUAAUUGGAUAGAUUAUGAAUGCAUUCAUUUUUUUUUUAAUUAAAGCUAACUAGAAAUGUUAGCUGUAAGAAUGUAAUAAUAUUAAUGCACUGAACUUUAAGCCAAUAUGAACAAAAAAUGCUGGCAAAAUUACACAGAGGUUACCAGAUAUCAUUCACAGGUAGGAAAACAUGUGUGCCUUCUUUUCUAUCUCAGGACAAAGGAGGAUGCUUUUGUAUGCCAUUUAAAAGACAGUUCUUUAAAAUGGAAAUGCGUCUUUGUUUGUUCUUAAGCAUAUUAGCUUCCAGGAGAAGAGUUUGCAAAAUAUUUCUUGUGUUCCCUUCUGUUUUGCCAAUGUCCAGAAAACUCGCUAAAAUAGAUGGAGUAUUGGGGGGUGGGAGGAUAUCAAAUUAAUUAUCAAACUCCAGAAGAAGGAAAAGUAAACUCUUGAAAAAGAAAAAGGUAUUUGUGUCCUUCAGUAUUUAUUGAACAGAGGAAAUGACUGACAAAGGACAAUACAAUCCAGUGCUCAUGUGGUAACAUUCAUGUCACAGAAUUUGGUUCUUGUGUGUAUAUUGCAUACACAAAGAAAUUCAAAGUGUAAGUUGUCAUCAUUGAAACAUCAUCUUACAUUCAUGUAAUGAAGCCAUGGAAUAGAGUGAAAACUAGCUCUUAGCAAUUAUCACAUGGUAUUUAAAAUCAGGUCACUACAGGAUUCUAAAGAUUGCCAAUUGAAAAGCCAGAAUUGUUUUUACUGUUGCAGAGGGUUGGCAAUAACUGACUCCAAUAGCAUUUUAAGUACUUGGAUUCCACAACUGCCUUAUAAACCCAGGUAAUAAAAUGGAUUUUCUAAUUCA